ACGAGAGAGACAAACACAAAAAAAAAAAAAAAAACAAGUCCUUUCUUUUUUGCAAUUUCACAAUUCUCCGAUUCGGGUUUUGUCAGAAAUCCAGAAUCUUUAUAGCCGUCUGGUUAAUGCCUGGGAACCACAGUGAGAUUUCGUUGAAUGAACAACAACAAAACGGAGGACUCGUCUGUAACGACGAUACCAAGACGACAAGGAAGAAGAAGAAGAAGAAAGAUGUAACAAUCGUUGAUGAUGAUGAUGAUGAAUUCGAUGGUGAGAAUCAAUUGGUAAUGGUGUCUUCUUCUUCUUCCAAGAGUAGGAAUCGAUUCAUAUCGAGGAUUCUGAAGAAACCCAAAUCGCCGAAACGUUCUGGGUCGCGUAAAGGUGGAUGCUUUCGUGUGAUUAGACCUCGUAGGAGAGAGAAGAGUGGUUGUGGUUGUGGUGGUGAUGAUGGGUCUUCGGUUUCGUCUCCUGUUUCUGAUCCUAAUGAUGAAAGGUUUAGUCAUGAGAUGUUGAGAGCUCAAGUUCAUAUCAUAUCAGCAAUUUAAUCAAAGAAUCUGUCCAAGGCAGAGGGAUCAUCUGCAAGUGGGAAACAGUUGAGGAUUCGAUUACAGUAACAUUGCUGGAUGAGUAUAUGGUCACUUUGGAGCAGAGUGUACUAUGAGACUUUUACACACUUAAGUCCAACGAAUUGUAAUCCUUGUGUUAGCUUUUCUGUAUUGGCCUCUGCAUUGGAGCUUAUGAGGAGUUUUCCAAUGCUAUAUCUUCCAUAAAGUUAAAUUGUUAACUAGUCGUAUUAACUCGAAGAGAGAACUGCAGCGACACUGAUGAAGAAACUAGUCAUAACUAAUGAUAUAGUCUUGGAUACAGAAACAUGUGUGAUGGAUGAUGACUCUUUUGUUGGAUAUAGUCUUGGUUGGUUUCAUCUUUCAAGCAUAAUACCCAAAAGAGCGAAAAGAAACACUUCUAGGCAUGUUACACCUAUUCACAGUAAAUCCUAAUGAACUCAAAAACAUUUGAUGUCUUGUGGAAUGAUAAGAGCAUUUGUACAGCUUGAACGUGAAUG